AGUCAAUUUGGAGACCACGUCCAGCCUAGACUUCUGGAUUAACAAAACUCGUUUUGUGACUUUUCUCAUUUUAAGAUCAACCACACUUAGCAUCCCUUGGUUUGGCUUUUUCUGUUUCGUUAUCUCUGAUACACAACUUUCUCCCACAGAGGAAACAAUGGUUAUUGGGCAAAUCUUUCUCACCGCUUUCAUCCAAGUGUUGUUCGAGAAGUUGGCUUCCCGCGAUCUAUGGAACUUCGGGAGGAGAGAACGGAUUCAUACUCUGCUAACGAAAUGGAAGAAAAUGCUGGAACAAAUCGAGGCGGUGCUUGCGGAUGCCGAGCACAAGCAAAUGACGAAUCAAGAGGGUAUCAGAUUGUGGCUGGAGGAUCUCGAGGACUUGGCUUAUGAUCUUGAUGAUGUACUGGACGAGUUCGCAACUGAAGCUUUGCGCCGGAAGGUAACAGAAGAGCCUCGAGCUAGCAACAGCAAGGUACGUGCCCUCGUACCUACUUGUUGUACAAGUUUCAAUCCAAGAAAUCUUGCAUAUGGUUUUAGGGUGAGGUCUCAGAUAGAUGAGAUCACUACUAGGUUGCAAGAUCUUCUUGAACGUAGAAUGGGGCUUGGCUUGCAAAAUGCUGUUGUCGGGCCGUCUACCAAAGCUCCACAAAGGCCACACACUUCAUCUUUGAUUCAUGAACCUUGUCUGUAUGGUAGGGAUGGGGAUAAAAGAGCGUUGAUAGAGUUGCUCCUAAGCGAUCAAUCGAGCAAUGGAAACGUUGGUGUAGUUCCAAUUGUGGGGAUGGGUGGGGUCGGUAAGACCACCCUUGCUCAGAUGGUCUACAAUGAUGAGACGGUGAAGAAGCAUUUUGAGAUAAAAGUGUGGGUUUGUGUUUCUGAAGUGUUUGAGAUUGAGGACGUGACGAAAAAAAUUCUCGAGUCUAUUACUUCUCGCACUUGCGAUUUUAAAGCCUUGAAUCAAGUCCAAGAGCAGUUGAAAGAAGCUUUGGUUGGGAGGAAGUUUUUGAUUGUCCUAGAUGACGUCUGGAACAAAAACUACGGUGAUUGGACAAGUUUAAAGAGUCCUUUUAAUGAUGGAGCCUUAGGAAGUAAAGUCAUAGUAACGACACGUAAUAGGGGUGUUGCAUUGAUGAUGGCCGGAACCGAUAAAUAUCAUUGCCUGAAGGAACUAUCAGAGGAUGAUUGUUGGUCGGUGUUUGUACAACAUGCAUUUGAGAAUAGAAGUAUCGACAAUAGUCCAAAUUUGGUUUCACUUGGUCGAAAAAUUGUGAAAAAAUGUGGAGGAUUGCCUUUGGCUGCGAGGACACUCGGUGGCCUUCUACGGUGUAAAUUGAGAGAUGAGGAAUGGGAAGAAGUAUUGAAUAGUAAGCUAUGGGAGUUAUUGGACGAGGAAAGUGACAUUCUUCCAGCUUUGAGAUUAAGCUACUAUCACCUCCCUUCGCAUUUGAAGAAGUGUUUUGGAUAUUGUUCUGUACUACCCAAGGAUUACAAAUUUGAGGAGAAGGAACUAGUUUUUUGGUGGAUGGCAGAAGGCUUAAUUCAGAAGCCAAGGGAACAAAAGCAAAUGGAAGAUCUUGGAUGUGAGUACUUUCGUGAAUUGUUAUCAAGGUCAUUUUUUCAACAAUCAAGCCAAGGCGAAGUCUCUCUAUUUGUUAUGCAUGACCUCAUAAACGAUUUGGCUCAAUUUAUCACAAGAAGAAUUUGUUAUAGGAUGGAGAAGAAGCUUGAAAACAACGAGGGGGUUAAAAAUAUCACUAAGGCUCGUCAUUCAUCCUAUACACGUGGCUAUCGAGAUGGUAUAAAAAAGUUUGAGAUCUUCCAAAAAGCCAAAAAUCUGCGGUCUUUUUUACCAUUUGGGUGGAGAGAUGGAGGUACAAACCAAUCAAUUUCCUUCUUGACCAGUUAUGUUCCCCUCGAUUUAUUGCCGCGUCUUAGACGUUUACGAGUUCUUAGUUUGAGAAGAUAUCGAAUUUGUGAAGUUUCGAGUUUGAUUGGAGAUUUGAAACAUGUGAGGUUCCUUGACCUUUCAUGUGCCUUGAUUGUCACAUUACCGGAAUCAAUAGGCACUCUCUAUAACCUACAAACACUAAUUUUGAGAGAUUGUAAAAAUCUAAGUAAGUUGCCUGCAAGUACGAGUAACCUUAUUAACUUGCGCCACCUCGAUGUUACUGGUGCAUAUUCCUUAAAAGAAAUGCCACCAAAAAUAGGUAAAUUGACAUGUCUCCAAACAUUAUCGAACUUCAUUGUUAGCCAAGGCGAUGGGUCUAUGACAAAGGAGUUGGGAAACUUGAUUCAUCUUAGAGGGACACUUUACAUAUUAGGGUUGGAGAAUGUGGUGGAUGCUUUGGAUGCCAUGAGGGCCAACUUGAAGGAUAAACAAGGCUUAGAUGUGCUGUUGAUGAAAUGGAGUAACAUCUCAAAUAAUUCUCGCAUUGAAAGUGUCGAAUCAGAAGUGCUUGAAAUGCUAAGACCUCACAAGAAGUUAAAAGAGCUUACCAUUAACGGCUACCGUGGUCUUACAUUUCCAACUUGGGUAGGAAAUUCUUUGUUCUCCAACAUGGUUUGCUUGAAGUUCCAACAUUGUGAAAAAUGUAUUUAUUUGCCUCCUUUGGGUCAAUUAACCUCACUUACAAAACUUCACAUACAAGGGAUGAAGGCAAUUAAGAACGUUGGACUUGAGUUCCAUGGGUUGGGCUGCACAAAUUCUUUCCCAGCUCUAGAGAUUUUGACCUUUGAGGACAUGCCCGAAUGGGAAGGUUGGUCACCUUUCAGAGUCAAGGAGGGAGCUCAAGCAUUUGCUCGCCUAUUAGAGCUCUCCAUUAAAAGGUGUCCCAAGCUUUUGCAAAAAUUGCCUAGCAAUCUUCCUUGCUUAAGAAAGCUGGAUAUUCAUGAAUGCCCGUUGUUGUUGGUUGGAUGGGUUCCAAGCCCUACAAAGCUGAAUGAUGUGAGGAACACACUUCACUUUGAUUCACUCAUAUCACUGUCUCUCACAAAUAUUUCACUUCUGAACUCCUUACGUAAUCCAAAAGUAGGUGAUGAAGUAGUGCUAGAAAAUGAAACGUAUAGCCAUUUGAGCUCACUUACUUCCCUGAGAAUCGAUAAUGUGCAAGGUCUCGAAAUCCUACCGAAUUGUUUUUUUCAUGGGCUGACGGGACUCCAAGAACUCUCUCUCUCUAGCUGUAAAGAACUCACAUCAUUGUGGAAGAAUGAAGUAGGACAACAACAAUACCAUCUUCCUGCGUUCCGACGUUUUCUAGUUAAACGGUGCACCCAACUUAUUUCCUUCUUUGAAGAAGAAGAAGUGGAGGAGGAAGGGCUACAGCUGCAUGAGGAGCUGCCUUACUUAAUGAUGUUGGAGUAUUUGAAAAUAGAAGGUUGUGGAAAGCUAGAGAAGCUGCCUCGGGGACUGCACAACAUCGAGUAUCUUCAGGAACUUAUCAUCCACGGUUGUCCAUGUCUCAUCUCUUUCCCAAAGACAGGUUUGCCAUCUACUCUGAGAACACUGGAAAUUAACUAUUGUGACGCUCUGUCGUCCCUACCUGAGUUGGUGAUGCUGAAUAAUCUCGAGAAAUUGAUGGUUUCGAGUUGUCCUUCGCUCACAUACUUGUGUUGCUCUGGAAAUGGGCUACCGCCCGCUCUCAAGGAUUUAUAUAUUAGUAGUUGUGGAAAUCUAGAAUGUAUUAUAGCAGAGGAGGGGAUGAAAAUCAAUUGUCCAAGUCUUGAAUCUGUUGUCAUAUGGGAUUGUGAGAGCCUCAAAUCCUUGCCAGAUGUGAUGCCAAAUAAUAAUGGUGGAUGUCUCAGUAAUCUCAGUAAAUUGCAUAUAACAGAAUGUGAUAAUGUGGAGUCCGUUCCAGAAGGAUGGUUCACCGCAACCAAAUUGAGAGUAUUGUGUGUCCGCAAUGGCAAGAAACUCAAGGGUCCACCAUACCAUGCCUACAACAACUUCACUUGUCUUCAAGACCUGAGAGUAAAUAGCUGCACUGCUGCGGCUACAGGACUCGUAUCCUACCUUCUGAAGGAAGAGAGUUCCUUCUCCUGCUCCCACUACUUCACCAACCUCACUUGCCUUAGCCUGUGGAAUGUCGACAUGGAGGGUAAGCCCCCGUCUGAGUGGGGUUUGCACAUAUUGUCCUCUCUCAGACAACUCUACCUCGUGCAUUAUGGUUGGGCGUCAUUUCCACCAGAAGAAGAUGAGGGGAUGAUGCUGUGGUUGCCUCCUUCUCUGAUCAAGUUGACCAUCGGGUUUUUUACAAAUUUGGAGAAGCUUUCUUGCAAGGAAUGUCACAACAUGUCCUCUCUCGAACAACUUGAUAUCUUGACGUGCCCCAAGCUCACGACCAUUACAGAGCUAGGGCAGCUUCCCUCGCUUUCGGAACUGUCAAUCUGGGAUUGCCCCAACCUUGCAUCAUUUUCGGCGGAGGAGCAACAAUUAAGGCUGCCUCCCUCGCUUUUGCAUUUUUGGAUCAAUGAAUGUCCGAUACUGAAACAAAGGUGCGAAAAAGGGAAAGGCAAAUUUUGGUCCCUCAUUGCUCACAUUCCUCAAGUCGAUAUUGACCACAGAUUUGUGUUUGACCCAAGCAGCUAACGGCUACCCAGUUAUGAGAAGCGGAAACUGCGUUAUGCAUCUUCAUAAGGUGCUUUUUUCUCUGAGUGAUACUUUGCAACAAGAGGAAGGGAGACGAAACUUGAUAGCAUGGAGAUGGGCUAGCUUAUUUUUGAAUUUCUUUUCUUGCGCAACAAUGUCGUAUGGCACACAAGAGUAGUGAAAUUUCUGCAAAAUGCUAGUGAUACUGCAAUUACUGAAGCUGAUGUUUUUGGAAUGGCCCUUGAUGUUGGGAGGGGUAUGGUUAAUGCCGGUGCAGUUUUAGGAUCUGAUUCUGAUGCAGUUACUGCCCUUGAUCCUGCUUUUGAAUGGAAGUUGGUUUUGGGCUGAUUCUGUUUCUGUCGUGAUAGUAUGAUGAUGCUACGGAUUCUGGGUCCUCUACUGGUUCUAAUUCUGUCUUGGGCUGUUUCUGUUUCUGAGUCCCUUGGUAGUUCUGUUUUGCUGUUUUCUGCUGGGAAUGGAGUGUCAUUUACUGAUGCUGCUCAAAAGUGCUGGUUAUGAUGCCUACUAAGAUGCUGGACUUUUCUUCAUUUUUAUCAAGGCCUUUGCUGUUGUUAUACUAGGGAUGGAGCUGCUGAUUUCCAUACGGUUUUGGGUAUAGUUCUUGAAGAUUGAAGGGUAGUUGUCUUGUUUGUUUUUAAGAACAUGAUGUAUCAUUAGUUUAUGUUGUUUCUUUUCUGUUUCGGUUGGCUCCUUGCCAACCUUGUGUACUCUCGGUGUGGUGGGUGACAUGUGAUUGUCCGAGUCAAUAAUGCCAACCUCAUUGGAUGACUGGUCUCUCGGUUGUGAUACUGUCGUGCCCGUCAUAUAUUAAUCUUUGUACUCCAUCUUCCAAAUAUUAUUGAAUUCCUUUCCUUUUGCUGAGCAAAAACAAA